AUGCCAGUCCGAGAUCUUCUCACCUCACGCGUGCGGCGUCUCUUCCAAGGCUUCUCAUAUCCAACAAGAUUCCGCAAGAGUUCAACGCAGUCAACGCAGUCAACGCGGCUCACUCGGCCAUCAGCGCAGUCAGCGCAUUUUGGGACGCUCGCCAAUCCUAAGGCGGACGACGUGCAGGCUCAGUUCGGAAAGGACAAAAUCGUCAUCAUGAAGAUCGCGGUUCUGGGCGGCACUGGCAACGUGGGGUCGAAGCUGGCUCAGAGGCUCUGCGCUGCGGGGCAUGACGUCGUGCUGACGUCACGUAAUCCGGGGGAUGAGAAGACUGUCAAAGCGCUAGCAUAUGUGAAGGAGGGAGGCAAGGGAGCGGCAACGGCGGCAGGAGUGGCAGAGGCGGUGGAAGGCGCUGACGCUGUGAUCGUUGCCACGCCGGGAUAUGCCACUGCGGAGGAGUGGAGCAAGGUGGUGGCUCCCUUUGCGUCAUAUGCAGGGGUGGUGCUGGAUGCGUCUAACUCUUUGACUGCCUGGCCGGCUCUGGAGAUCGGUGUGGAUCACAGGAGCACCAGUGGUGGAGAGGAGCUGAAAAAGGCCCUCCCUAACGCACAUGUGUACAAGGCGUUCAACACCGUCGGAGCAGAGCUCAUGGUGACACCAACACUGGGAGGAAAACCGGUCGCCAUGCUGUUUGCUGGCUCUGAAGACGCUGCUGCCAAGGAGACUGCCACCAAGGUCAUCUCAGCCGUUGGAUUCCGCCCCGAGUACGUGGGGCCGCUGCGCUACGCGCGUAACCUCGAGAGCUUUGCGGAGCUGUGGGUGCACCUGGCCCUCAAGCAGGGGUGGCCGCGCGACGGGUUCGCAUUCGACAUUCAGAAGGCGUAG